AUGCAUGAUUUGGUCAGAGAUAUGGCAUUAAGGAUCACGAAUGGAAACUCCAAACUAAAGAUGAGUGGAGAUGUACCACGCUUCUUGGUGAAAAGCUUUGUAUGGAGACGUUCAAAAGUAAUACUGGAACAAAAAGAAUGGACAGAAGAUCUCCAUGCAGUCUACUUUCAUACAUUUGGAAGCGCAGAAAUAGAAGUUCCACCAGGCUGGUCACCGAAUUGUCCUAAGCUCUCAACCUUGCUUCUUCCCCAUUUUUCCAUAAAAAGAAUCCCAGAUUCAUUCUUUCGGCACAUGUGUGGACUUAAAGUUUUGAAUCUAGAAGGGUGCAAAGAUAUAACAGAGUUGCCUAAUUGUGUUUCAGACAUGGUGAAUCUCACUGCUUUGAUUUUGGGGGGUUGUGCACGCCUCAUGUUUGUGCCACCACUGGGAAAGCUCAAGCAAUUGAGGGAUUUGGAUUUAUCAUGCACUAGCAUUCAGGAUUUACCUCAAGGUUGGGGGUCACUGGUCAACCUUGAAAGGCUUAACUUGAAAAAGUGUCAGACUUUAGGUUUAAAGAUAAUACCAAAAGGGACAUUUUCCCAAUUCCACCGUCUUCAACUGCUAUUAUUGCCACCCUUUGGUAAGGUACAAGUUAAUGAUCCGGAGGUGCUGAACCAAUUAGAAAGUUUCAUAAGAUGUUUGUCUUUUACGGACUUCUAUAAAAUUACUCAGUGGCCAAAAUACUAUAAUGUUUAUAUCAAUGACAUCUUAACUAAGGAUCGGGGUUAUGUCUAUUACCAGAAACAACUGUAUUUCCAUCAGUGUAAACUUGGUAGAGGAUCGAACUAUCUGCCAGAUGAUAUGAAGAGUUUGAUAAUCCAGGAUUGUGAGGGCAUGGGCAUUAGGUGCUUAUCAGAUGUUUUUAGAAAUUUUAUAAAUUUAAGCCACUUAUCUGAAUUGUAUAUUUUUGUAUCGGUUGGAAUAGAGUUCCUCUGGAAAUUGCCCUCUCCUUCUCCACAUGAUCAGUUGGAAGUCUCGUCUCUUAGUCCACUCCGUGAUCUCGAACAACUAGGGCUCUCCAGGUUGCCAAACCUGGUUGGUCUUUUUUACGGAGGAUCAGAACCAUAUUUGCUUCCUGUUGGCACCUUUUCUUCCCUCAAAAUAUUGUGGAUUCAUGAAUGUCACAACAUGAAGCAGCUAUUCACAGUGCAGUUGCUGCAGACCCUUCAAAAUCUUGAAACAUUAGACAUUAAAAAUUGUGAAGGACUGGAGGAGAUAGCAGCAGAUGGCAAUGGAGUAGGACAAGGAGGAGGAGAACGCAUCCAAUUGACUUCAAGUGGAGCCACCGCCACCGUCAUCCUUCCAAAAUUAAGGUGUUUGAGUCUGAAUAGGCUGCCGCAACUGAAGAACAUUUGCAAGGCAGCCAUGAUCUGCAAUUCAAUUAAGGAGAUUGAAAUAUUUGAUUGUCCAAAGGUAAAGAGGCUGCCUUUGUUUCUUCCUACCACCAACGGUCUACCAUCUCCUCCCAGCACUCUUCGUAAAAUCAGGGGAGAUGUAGAAUGGUGGGAAUUAUUAGAGUGGGACAGUCCCUACCCAAAAAGUGCCCUUGACCCAUUGUUCAUAGGAAAGGGGUGA